UUGACUUGUACGUGGGAUUUUCACAUAUUCAAGGGUUAACUGUAGGCUGGGAUAUUUAAACACCUCCAACUGAGGUAAGCACACAACUUGUUUGUUCAGGUAAAUAAGGAAGGAAUUAGAUAUAAUGGGCAAAGGAAGCUUUUUCCUGAACACAUUGCAUUCCUAGUGUUCAGUUCAGCUGCAGGGCUAUCCCUGGUACAUAACUAGAGUUAGGUGCCUGUUAUCUGAAUGCAUUUCUUUACAUAUUCAGCCCCUGCCACUGAGCUGCUCUGAACAGUCUGGUGGCCUGUAUGCAUUCCACAACCUGUGGCAGAUGCUUUUGGUGGACUCUUCCACCCCAGGAAGUUUGAUGUGUCUUUAAGUACAUGGCCCUGUUGCAAAUAGUCAUUUGAUUUUGAUGCAAGAAGAAACAUCAACCUCAGCUGUUUGGUUGCCUUAACCAAGUCCCCAUCCUCUUUUCUUUGAGUCCUCCAUGCCCAGUGGGGGCAUUUCAGAUUGACAAGAUCAUUUUCCUUACAACUUUACUGGAUCGAUGCUGCCACUGAUAGCUGCCACUUCUCUGCUAACCUAAAGGAUCUGGAGACAAACCUGUGCAGAGUGAUGGGCAGUGCUGACCAAGGUUUGACUGCUCUGCCGCGCAGCCGGGUCACCCUUCAAGAUCCUUUGCUGUAUUCUGGUCUCGACAAACUGCCUGUUGCCCAAGACCCUGACAGCCAGAGUUGGAGGUCCCUUGACAGUCCUAGCCCUCCUGCCACACCCGAGCAAACCCUACCCACCUUCUGCUUGCAGUACUUUGAUAUGCUCUACCCAGACGACAGCAACUGGGUUCCGAAGGGUCUGGCCGAAAGCCAGCAGCCCAGCAGCCAAGGCAGCAGGGCAGACGUACCUAAAGAACCCGAGCAGUGCCCUAUCAUUGACAGUCAAGGUUUGAGCCUUACACCUGAUAUGGACUACCAAGCCAGUCUUCACCUGGAAGAACACUCCCUGGAGCAAGUGCAGAGUAUGGUGGUGGGUGAAGUGCUCAAGGACAUUGAAACGGCUUGCAAGCUUCUCAAUAUCGCUGCAGACCCAGCAGAUUGGAGUCCAGGGAAUGUCCAGAAGUGGAUCUUGUGGACAGAACACCAAUACAGGCUCCCCCAGAUUGGGAAAUCAUUCCAGGAUCUGGGUGGGAAGGACCUAUGUGCCAUGUCUGAGGAGCAGUUCCGUCAGCGAUCCCCAGCAUGUGGGGAUGUCCUGCAUGCUCAUCUGGACAUCUGGAAGUCAGCUGCCUGGAUGAAGGAGAAAGCUGCCCCUGGAGAGAUGCAUUACUGUGGAAGUGAAGAGAACUGGACAGACAGUGAGGUGGACUCAUCCUGCUCUGGCCAACCCAUUCACCUGUGGCAGUUUCUGAAAGAGCUUCUUCUGAAACCCCAUAACUAUGGACGCUUCAUUCGCUGGCUUAAUAAGGAAAAAGGUAUAUUCAAGAUCGAAGAUUCCGCCCAGGUGGCUCGUUUAUGGGGAAUCCGGAAGAACCGGCCUGCUAUGAACUAUGACAAGCUGAGUCGCUCCAUCCGGCAAUAUUAUAAGAAAGGGAUCAUCAGGAAACCAGACAUCUCCCAACGCCUGGUCUACCAGUUUGUACACCCUGUCUGAAGAACAAAUUCAGAAACACUGACUACAUUAUGAGCUGGAGGACUUCUGGAAGCAUGGUACCCCUUAACCUCUGCAAUAUAACAAUUUUAAAAUGCAGAUGAAGUCAGGGGUUGGACAAGAGGCAGGAGCCCAUUGGAUUCGUCUGGUGAACUUCCAAAUAAUCAUGAGACCCCUGCUUGUUACUUGAGAACAAGGAAACAAAUAAACUAUUAUUGUCAAAGUAAAACAGCAAAGAGAAGUAACUGCUGUGAAAUGUAUGAAGUAUGUAUGCUUCAUUUGGAGGUUCACAGGUUUGCAUAUAGGAAAUUUUUCCUUUCUGUACAUUUAUCUAAACAUAUUAUCUAUACAUAUCCAGCUGCAUGCUUAUGGGAAGUCAAGAGGAGGAGGAAGGGUAACAGUAGAGAGGGACUCAAUUCUAACCAGCAGCUGUUGCUUCCUUUCCAGUGAAGUCAUUGGUAGAAUAUGGUAGGCAUAAAAGCAAAGGGGUGUUGUUGUUGUUGUUUUGCAACUUUGCUAAAUGCAAACUAGGGAGCAAAUCUCUCAAAGUCGCUCAUAAACGAGUCAGAUCUUGCAAUAAAUACAUUUGGGAAGGACCUCAUAGCCUAAUCAUCAGUGCUGUAUUGUUCCAUAUUCUGUCAUGCUGCAGUGCAAACUUCUGAGUUGUCUGAAUGCCCCAAUACCCUCUGAUCUUCCUUUGCUGUCCGCUUAUGAAGCAAAAAGCAAAAAUUAUUAUGAGCCAAGGAAAUUGCUAUGGCAGAGGACAGACAACAAUCUGAGUGAUUUGCUCAUGACCCCCCCCCCAUUUUUACUAAUGGCACAACGGCUUGGGAUUCGAUAUUGGAGAUAUGGAGUUUUAUAUUGAUACAAAUGAGGGGUAAUCUUCAGUAUAAGAGGUAUGACGUAAGCAACGGUUUAGAAUCGGGCUGGCAAUACUAUAUAGAGUCUAUGAUUAAGAAGAGAGUAUGAGCCUAUCUCAAGGGAACAGCUCAGAAAGCCUACCCAAGUUUGGUAUUAAUGGACCAGCCACUUUCUCAUAUAGUCAAUGAAUAAGAAUGGUGACUGUUUGGGGUAUUGUUAGGAGAAGGACAGAGUCACCCAUUCUCAGUGUGUGAAUGAGCCUGGCUUGAGAGGAAAGACAAUAGGAUCGUGUACAGUCCUUUUCUGGCAGAGCUCAUGCUGACCCAAGACUAGAACACUCUGGCACCUGCAUGCUUACAGGGGCCAACUGGCUUAGCAUUUGGGUAAAUCUGAGAAAAGCAGUGCCACCACUAGGCUCUCAUGGUGCUGCUGGCAAUCAUAUAAGGUGGUGUGAUGCUGAUCCCUGAGGGAUGGCAACCAUCCCAAGAAUGGACAAAGCCGUAGUGCCUUUGCUGUUGACUUUCUGAAAAUAUGAUGCUGGGUUUUUGUUGUUGCUGCGGUUCAGUAGCUAAUGCUGGGAAUUAGAGAGCACCUCCCAGUCUCACAGGGUGGCUUUCCAUGAAUCACUCUCUUGUCACUCAGAUGCUCUCAGUUCCCUGCCUGCAAAAUUGCCUGUGUGUGCCAAAUUAAGCCAACUGUGCGCACUUUGUAACUCGGAUGGAUGGACAACAGCAAGGCAAAGAAGGAUGUGCCAUGCACACUAUUUACCUCACACUGCAAAUUGAGAGGAUGUGGGGGAAUAGUUGCAUGUGUGUGGUCCUUCUGUUCUUCUGUUUUACUUGCAGA